AGACUCCGUCUCAAAAAAAAAAAAAAAAAAAAAAGAGGAGUGUAGAAAUGAACUCUCCCAAAGAAGCCACUGAUGCAUGCCACGUUGAAACUUAAAGGAUUACUUUUAUCCGGUCUUUGGGAUUAUCUGCACCAUGACUCCCCUCCCCUUACAUGAAGGAUCAAGGUGACCACAUAAACAUUUAGACUCCCUGCGUGAGAUGGGAGAACAUAAGUCCCUGAUGAGUUUGUAUAAUACUCAUGGCCACAGUUACACCAUGUGGCAGGCAUAUCCCUUCCUUUCCAAAAGAAGGAAAGAGACAAAUGUAUGAUACCUGAUAUUACACAUGUUUUCAUUCUUCACAAUCAUUGAAGUAAUAAAUAACACUACUUUUUUAGAGACAAGGAAUUUAUCUGUUGACAGAAAUAUGUAUUGCUUGGGCACGGUGGCUCAUACCUGUAAUCCUAACACUUUGGGAAGCCAAGGCAGGAUGAUCUCUUGAGCCCAGGAGUUCAAGACCAGUCUGAGCAACACAGCAGGACCCCUCUCUACAAAGCAUAGAAAGAUUACCUGGGCAUGGGGGUGCAUGCCUGUAGUCCUAUGUACUCAGGAGGUUGAGGCGGGAGGAUUGCCUGAGCCUAAGAGUUCAAGGCUACAGUGAGCUAUGAUCACACCACUGCACUCCAGCCUCAGCAACAGAGCAAGGUCCUAUAUCUUAAAAUAAUAAUAAUAAUAAAAAUAAAGAAUAAAUAAUACAGAAAGAGAAGAGAGUUGAGAUUUCAAAACAGUCUUUCUGACUCCAAAUUCCAUUUUUAUCCCACACCACUUUUUCAUAAAAGUUCAGAACAGAUUGUUUGAUGUUUUUCUUAUUGCUCAUUAUUACUUUUUAAAAGGUCGAUUCUGACAUUUGAUGUACAUUUCCUGACAAGCUACAUAUCAUUUUCCUCCCUCCCUUCUGUCUUUCCUUCCUUUUAUUCUUCCAUUUAUAAUGCAACAGAUGAUAGUUUUUCAUGGUGUCCUGUAGGUAGUAUAUUUUAUUUUAAAAUACCAGAUAAAAUUAUCAGCAGCCACUUGUGGAAAGCUUCACCGGAAAAUAUUACUUCAACCAUACUUAUAUGUUUUUUAAAAUGCUAGUUUUGCUGAUCUCCACUUAGAACAACAGAAACACAGAUGGCUACAGUUACUGGAUUUGCUGCCAGUUUUUGUGCCCCCUUUCUCAUACACAUUUAUGGUGACCAAGUUUACUUUCAAAAACAUAUGCUAAGAAUAGUAACAGAUUUUUCAGAUUUGAAGUUGUCUAGGAAAAAAGUAUGCUUCAUGUUAAGAAAGAGUCUGUAAGAUCAACAAAGCAGAUUCAUCUAGAAAACCCAUUCUCUGAGCAGGCCAUUUUCAUCUCUAACCAAUAAACACCAGAUUCCUUAGCUUGGCAGUCAAGAACCUUGACCAUAUCUGAUCUCAGAUGAUUCUUCAUGCCUUUUUUUCUAGUUCCAAGAUGCUGUAGUCUAUUUUCCAGCAAAAUGGGACAGUUGAUUUCACCUCGUAGCCAUGCUUUCCUCUGUUUUGCUUGUCGUCGUUUCUUUUGCCUGGGGAGAUUUCCUCUUACUUCUUCCUAGCUCAAAUGCCACCUCCUCCAGAAAGUGUUCCUGGAUUAGAUUUGCUUUCACACCUCUAGACCUCACUGGUCUUUAUUUGUCCCGUCUUUACGACACAUAUACGACAUCUUCUACUUUAAUUAUUUCUGCCCCAAUUCAAAGAACAAUUAGAAGGCUAUUAAUAAAAAAUGAAUGUGUCAGAACAGUUGAAAGAAGUUGCUUAACAAUAAUUCCUCCUAAUAAUAUAAUGAGACAGGAUUGCAGACAGGUGGCCUGCAAUUAUUUUUUAAAAGUUGCCUACCAUAGUGUUUGAAGAAAAACAAUUCAAUUGGAAUGCCUGCUGAUUGGCACACACACUUUACCCCACCAGUCUCCCUGUUCCCCAUUACCUUCUACUGGUACAUCAUAUAUUUACAUUCCCUGACUGACUCUGGGUGGCACUUGAGUUUACAAGCUCCAAAUAGAGGUUACAUCAAUCAUUUGAUAUACCAGGUGCAAGUCACGGCUCUGUCACUUUCUAGCUAGCUGUCUCAGGUUAAGAGCAAGACUUCUAAUGAUAGCUUUGAAUGGCCCUUUGUAUUUGAGGUGGCCUUAUGCAAAUAAAUAGGUGCAGCUGACCCUUGAACAAUGUGAGGGUUAGGGGUGCCAAUCACCUGCGCAGUCCAAAAUCCACCUGUAACCUUUGACUCCCAAAAAGCUUAACCAAUAGUCUUCUGUUGACCUCACCAAUAACACCGUUGGCUAACACAUGUUUUGUAUGUUAUAUGCACUAUAUCCUGUGUUCUCACAAUAAAGUAAGCUGGACAAAAGAAAAUGUUAUUACGAAAAAUCAUAAGGAAGAGAACAUAUUUCAUUAUUCAUUAAGUAGAAAUAGAUCAUCAUAAAAGUCUUCACCCUCAUUGUCUUCACACUGAGUAGGCUGAGGAGGAGGAGGAAGAGGAGGGGAUGGUCUUGCAGUCUCAGAGGUGGCAGCCGCAGAAGAAAAUCUGAGAACAAGCGGAUCCAUGCAACUCAAUCCUGUAUUGUUCAAGACUCAACUGUAUAUUUUUGCAUGUGGGCUCAAAUACAUACACACACAUGGCCAUGGGUCAAAGAUUCAUAGAAUAAAUUAGACAGCAAGAAUAUUUAUCAUUGAAUUGAAAUGGCUCACUGCAAAACUGCCUUCAACUUAUCUCUAGGCCUUAGAAACAGAAGUGACCCUUUGCUGCUGUGAAUCAGUAGCCUAGACUAGAUUGGGGUUGGGUUGGCCAAGGUACAUAGUCAUUGCCAUAGUCCAGUAUUCAUGCCCAAGCAGUCACCAUUAGUAGUCACAUUGUUCAGACAGCGCCUCUCGGCUCUUCCCACCACUGCAUGCUGGAUUGUCUGCCACCAGUAGAUGAGAGUUGGCAAAAGGGAUAAAUCAGGAUGAAACAUUUGGGCAUUUUGCAGUUUAGAGAAACUUUGGGGGUGCUGCUUUAGUAAAAAAUGGAAGACUUGCAUUUAUUAAAGGUUAGUAAGAAGUGAAAUCGUGUAUGCAAAAGUACAUUAUAAAUUAGAAAAUGCAGUAAAGGCAGAAACGAUUUAUUUAUUGGUUGUUCUGCACUUUACCUAAGUGGUUUUUGAUCAUUUCACAAUGUGUAAGAGUUGGGUUUUUACCUCCAUUUUAUGGAUGUGGAAAUAGGGCUUGGAUGUUAGCUAACUUGCCCAAAUCUUACAGUUAACAGAAAGUGGUACUCCUGAGAUUCCUACCCAGGUCUGUCUGACCUCAGGCCUGUGCUCUUUGUGUGAGUUCGUGCUGACUCCUAGAUGAUAUGCUAGGCACAAAAAUUAGAUAUUACACCAAUUUCCACUAUAGUUAACAUUCUAUCUAAAGUGGGACCACGGUCUUAGAUGAAUUUGGCUGUUGACAGUAGCAAUAAUCCAGGAUGGCUACUCUGAUCUAUGUUGAUAAGGAAAAUGGAGAACCAGGCACCCGUGUGGCUGCUAAGGAUGGACUGAAGCUGGGGUCUGGACCUUCAAUCAAAGCCUUAGAUGGGAUAUCUCAAGUAACACCACGUUUUGGCAAAACUUUCAUUGCUCCAUCAGCCUUACCUAAAGCUACCAGAAAGGCUUUGGGAAUUGUCAAGAGAGCUACAGAAAAGUCAGUAAAGACCAAUGGACCCAGCAAACAAAAACAGCCAAGCUUUUCUGUCAGAAAGACGACUGAGAAGACUGUUAAAAAAAAAAGCUCUGUUCCUGCCUCAAAUGACGCCUAACCAGAAAUAGAAAAAUUAUUUCCCUUCAAUCCUCUAGACUUUGAGAGUUUUGACCUGCCUGAAGAGCGCCAGACUGCACACCUCCCCUUGAGUGGAGUGCCUCUCAUGAUCCUUGACGAGGAGGGAGAGCUUGGAAAGCUGUUUCAGCUGGGCCCCCCUUCACCUGUGAAGAUGCCCUCUCCACCAUGGGAAUGCAAUCUGUCGCAGUCUCCUUCUAGCAUUCUGUUGACCCUGGAUGUUGAAUUACCAGUUGUUUGCUAUGACAUAGAUAUUUAAAUUUCUUAGUGCUUUAGAGUUUGUGUGUAUUUGUAUUAAUAAAGCAUUCUUUGUUUAACAACAUAAUAAAUACAUAAAUAUAAAGUGGGUCAUAUUCCUCUUUAUGUGCAUCUGUCUCAGCUGUCCCUUGUUCCUAUAUUUCUUCCAUAGUACGGCCCCUACUCUUUGGGGAUAUGUCAACAUGAUUUACUUCUGUAGAGAAACAGGAGACAGGAAAUAGCAAAGGAUAAUGGAGAAAAGGCCAGGGUCAGGCCAAGAACUUCCUACAUCUUUUCUUCCCAGCCUAGCGUGAACCAGAUGAAAGCCUUAAAGAGGUCCUAGCAGCAAAGGGAGAUAAUUGAAAGAAUGAGAAUUUUGUGGAAUGCUAAAAAAACAGGGAACAUAUUUGCAGCUAGGACUAACAUUGAUUAUCUUAAAAUGUCUGUAUGGCUAAAUAAUAUUCAUGAAAUCCCAUGUCUUAUGCUUCUAAUGUCUUAUAACUUAAAGCACUUUUAUGUCCAUGCCUUGAAUUCUGUACAAAGCUUUGAUAGAGUCACAGAUGUCUGGUGUCAAUCCAGAUUGCCUGAAAGGCUUCAGGGGUUCCUCUGUGGUUCCUGAAUUCCAGGACUUAGUGAGUUUCCUAGACCAAGAGCUGCUAUUCAUUAUACAUGUUAGUGGUUUUGCUCUUUCUACUGAAAGUGGGUGGUGGUUAUGUCUCUGAACAUGUUAUUCCACAAAAAGCGAACUGGAUGUGGCUAUUUAAGAACCAUCAAGGGCAUGACAGGCCAAAGGUUCCAAAUCCCUCCUCAAUCAAAGGAUGCUGUCAGAACUGACCUCCAGAAAAGAUGCAAGGUCUCACUUCUAGGCUGUCAUACUGGUCCUUAGAGAAGAGUUACAAUUUUGUGAUCUGCCCCAAUCCAUUAUUGAUUUUUGCUUCCAUGCUAUUUUAAAACUGGAGAAGGUUUAAGUUUAAAAAUUCAAGACAAAUCAUAAAACAUUUCAGAAGUCACUUGUACAUUGCCUGUCUUCCCCACUAAAUUAUGAGCCCCAUGAGGGCAGGGACCAUCUCUGUUUUGUUCACUAUGGAGUCCAAGUACUUCCCCUUAUCUUGGAGCUGAUUCUAUGGUGGACUGCUCCAAGUAAUCUUUGUCUUGGGCCAGUAGUCAUGCGGUCAAGGAUAAGUUUCCAUUAGGUGUGGGCAUAAGUUCCUACCCAGGCAUUGUCCUCUUCACCAGAAGAACUAAAUUUCAUCUGUAAAGGAAGACAUCACAUUCUGUAAAUGGUAGGGCCUCGUUCUCCUGUAACAUUCAUAUUUCUGCAUUUUGGACUCAAGAACCAUAGGUAUAUCCCAUGGCAAGACAGGAAGUAUUACUGGAGUCAGACUCCCUGGGUCUUCACCUUGUUUCCUCUAUUUAAAGGCUAUGCAACCUUGGGCAAGCUGGUAACGUCUACAAUUUUACUCUUAAAGCUGUUGAUAGAGACACUAAACAUGUUUAAAUUUCUAAAUGUUUACUGCCAUAGUAAGGAUCUAAAUGACAUCAGAGUAGAAAUUCAAUAAAUAUUUGUUGGAUGGAUGAGUGAAUAAUUAACCUCUCAGACUUCAGUUUCAUCACCUGUAAAUAAAGAGGUGUAGCUAUAUGAUAUCUUUUCAGUUCUAAUAUCCUGUGGACUUAGUUAUGUUAGUAGUUACGAUAUUUUUUAUUCUUAGUAAUUUUUUCAGGAUUACUACGAGGAUAAUAAGAAGUCAAAUUCUAACCUGAAAUAAGUCAAGGGAAUUGAAUAAAAACUUGGAUGAAAAAAGAGAGUGUUUUAAAAAUCACCCUAAGUCCAAUGAUCAGAUGGCCUUUGCUUUAAAGUGUGUCUGUGGUCAGCCCAGGGAAAUAGUCUACAGCUUCUCUGAAGCUCUUUAACAUCUUCAUUACAGUCAGUUUAAGUAUUUCCUUGGCAAUAAACAUCAACUCUUUUUCAGAUGUUUCUUUGCAUAUGAUAGCCUUGGCAUGAGACAAGAAACCAUUAAGAAAAUACAAGCCAGGUCCUCUGCUACAGUCCAUAAAAAUCAUUUAGUUGAAGCUAUGCAUAUUUAUUUAUUAGCUUAUACUCAUUUUUAAACUGACUCACAAAAAGUACAGUAUUAGGCCAUUCUUGCGUUGCUGUAAAGAAAUACCUGAGACUGGGUCAUUUAUAAACAAAAGAGGUUUAAUGGGCUCACAGUUCUGCAGGCUGAACAAGCAUGACACUGGCAUCUGCUGGUUUCAGGGGAGACCUCACAACACUUUCAGUCAUGGCGAACGCCAAGGGGGAGCCGGCAUCUCACAUGGAAGAGCAGGAGCAAGAAAGGGUUGAGGUUGCGGGGGGAGGUCCAGGUGGGGAGUUUCAGGAGUUUGAAACCAGCCUGGCCAACAUGGUAAAAACCCGUCUCUACUAAAAAUACAAAAAUCAGCCAGGCAU